AUGCUGAGAAGGUGGCAUCGGGUGUUGCUUGCUUUGUCCGCCUUGUGGUGCAUUGUCAGGCCGCGGGAGACAUUUCUGCGGCCACCCAGCCAGGUGCCACGAGGUUUUCGCUCCGUGGCUGUUGUUCCAAGUGAAGGUCUUGCCUCCCUUCAAGCAAAGCCUUCAGACCUGCGGAAAAGAGCUUUGCAAAACUGGGCCAGAUGUACGCUGGAUCAGCUCCACGGGUUUGCCUUGCACCUGGGCUUGUUUUGUGUGACUGAAGAAUAUGUCCGACUAGGGUAUCUUGGUGGUCAGCCUGCAAGUGCGGGACAGCCAGUGAACAUUCUGGAGCAACUCCCUCUUCAAGGCCUUGGAGGUGAAUCUUUGUCGUUGAUGUGA